AUGCUUUGUAAUCUCAGACCAAAGCGAGCAUAUUAUGUAUCCUAUACUCCCCUAGGGUCUAGAGUUAUUGUAGCUAGUUUGAUUGCUGUAUUAGGGGCCCUUGUAACCAUCAUGGUGUCUCUCACUGACUCCUUCGCACAGAAGCUGCUUCAGUUUGAGAUAUGUUCACAGCGCAAUGAUACUACACUUGUGACUGUGGCAAAGACUAAUCUGUCCAAUGCUUCAAGGAUGGAAAUUGCUCCAGGACUUUAUGAUGAGUACAAUCCGUUGGCAGUUGCCGUGAACGUUGGUCUCAUCCAACUUGUCCGAGACCAGAUUAGUGUCUUUUCUCGAGGCUGCUCAAGCGGUGAUUGUUCAUUUUCAUCUACCGACGGAGUGUCUUUUUUAUCCAGCCACGGCUGCGAAGACGUGACCACGUACAUGAAUAAUCUCAGUAUCACGAACGAACACAACGAAAUCGUGCCUGUUAUAACCGUUGGAAAUCAAGAAAAAAAAAUUGACGCCACUUUUGUUCCGCACGCAUGA